AGAGAGAGUGAGUGUAAGCGUGCGCGCGGCAGCCCGACUACUGCUGAAACCACUUGUCUGCCUUGGCCCUCUCUCGCCGGUCAACCAGCAGCCGCAGCGCAGUCGUCAGUCCUCUCCUUCUACACACACCUUCUCUCUCUCUCUUUCUCUCUCCCGUAGGUACACCUCUCUCUCUCUUUCUCUCUUCUCUGGUCGAGUGUCUCCGUGUGCGUGCGUACCUUCUUCCUCCUCCGCUUCUUCUCCUCGACUCGCGUCGCGUCUGACGGACACUUGUUGUUCGCCAGCGGUGUGUCGAGUUUUUCGCGCAGUGCAUCAUAUAACACACGCGGGACGGGAAGCUACGAUCGGACGGCAGCAGCAGCAGUAGCGCCGCUUUGUCGAAGGAGAAAGACAGAGAGAGAGAGAGAGAGAGAGAGAGAGAGAGAGAGAGAGAGAGAGAAAGAGAGAGAGCAGAGCGAGGUAAGCGCGCCGGCAGCAGUGGCGCGAAAUAUGAUACACCGAGUGCUCGAGACACGUUGCCGCGCGCUAUCUCUCAUGUGCUCCUGCGGAGCUGUUGCUCGCGCGUGUAUGAUGUUGUGUCGGCGCGGAGAAUGUAGCUUGUGAUCGGUUAUUGUGAAACGAGUGCGCGGUAUAUAAAUUUAGUGUUCGCCGGUUCCGCGUGUGUAACGACGACUCGGCAACAGCGGCAUCGAUUUUCCUCGCAGACGCUCGGAGAGCUUUCGUCACUUCCAACUGCAGUCACUGCACAGGCGGUCUAUAUGUAUAGCUGUGCUCACGCAACGCACCUGCGCGCCUUAUCUUCUCAUUAAGAGGCCGUUCAUCCUCGAGGCCAGCGGCUGCAAUUACCAUCGCGCGCUGUCUUCAUUAGGCGACGCACAUGCGCGCGCUCUCUAAAUUCCUCGUUUAUUCCCACGGGCUCGUUUUCCAAUUUCCUGUACGCGUAGACCGGCUCGAAAAUUUCCCGCACGCGUAUGCACAUCACUAAUUGCACGGCUCUUUCGGUUCGGAUCUCGAAUCAGCGCUUAUUUAUCGCGCAAAGCAAACACGCAGCAUUCAGGUUGGAAUAAAAAAAGAAAAAACCCUCCCGAUCGAUCUCUGCCGAGCAAACAGCGCAGGAAAGCUCUAUCCCCUCUCUCUCUCUCUCUCUCUCUCUCUCUCUCUCUCUCUCUCUCUCUUGCUUUUCCCUCGGAGAUUUCUAUCUCUUCCGUUCAAUCGGCCAGUCGAUUAACGGCCGCGCGCGAAUCGGACAUUGGUCAUUUCGACGCUCGCUCUAUAUACUGUAUACUACAGAGCGGCAGCAGCAGCGGCGCACACGCGCCGGUCGUCGCUCGCGACCGGCUGUGAUAUCGUAAGGGACAGAGAGAAGAAACGAAGCUGCGUAGGAAAGAAGUUUCCCGCGCGGGCGGUGUAUUGACGCAAGUUCAGUGAGAAAGUAUAACAAAGUGUGGAAUAUUGCGCGAGACACUGUGAGUGGCCCGCGACGAGAUGAGCAACUCCGGAGCCAUCCUGCUGUUACCAGCCAAGAAGGGGCAGAUCGUCGAAGGAUUAGGCGAUGGAGGUGAGACGGCCGGGGACGGCGAGCCAAUCGUCAGCGGCAACGCCGAGGACUCGACGAGAUGCGACCAGCUCUACCUGUACAAAGAGGAGUUCGACGACAGGCCGACAGUGGCGACGCUGCUCAAGAGCCUGUCGGAUUACAGCAACACGAUACCGGCGCCGGCCGACCCGGACGCCAAGCCCGCAGCUGGCAAGCCCGGUGGCGCCCGUAUGGGCACCCUCAUCGGUGUCUUUCUGCCCUGCAUCCAGAACAUCUUCGGCGUCAUCCUCUUCAUUCGGUUGACCUGGGUCGUCGGUACCGCCGGCGCCAUCCAGGGCUUCCUCAUCGUUUUCUGCUGCUGCUGCGUCACCAUGUUGACGGCGAUCAGCAUGAGCGCGAUAGCGACGAACGGCGUGGUACCUGCUGGCGGCUCCUACUUCAUGAUAUCCCGAAGCUUGGGCCCGGAGUUCGGCGGCGCCGUCGGCAUGUUAUUCUACACGGGCACGACUCUCGCUGCGGCCAUGUACAUCAUCGGAGCCGUCGAGAUAGUCCUGACGUACAUGGCUCCGAGUCUCAGCAUAUUCGGUGACUUCACAAAGGACCCGAGUAUAAUGUACAAUAACUUUCGCGUUUACGGGACCUGCCUACUCGUCGUCAUGGGCACGAUAGUCUUCAUCGGCGUGAAGUUCGUCAACAAGUUCGCGACCGUCGCCCUGGCCUGCGUCAUCUUCUCCAUCAUCGCCGUCUACGUCGGGCUGUUUGUCAACUUCAACGGCAACGACAAGCUCAAGAUUUGCGUGCUCGGGAAGCGACUGCUCAAGGACGUCGAUAACGAAAGCUGCCGCAAGUACUCGGGUUUAUUGAACAUGACCUUCUGUGAAAGCAUCAAGGGUUACAAAUGCGAUCAGUACUACAUGGACAACAACGUCACCACCCACAACGGCAUUCGCGGACUGUCCAGUGGCGUAUUUCUGGAAAACAUCUGGGGAAGCUUCCAGGAGGAGGGACAGUUUAUCGCCUACGGUAACAGUAAAGAAGACAUCGAAAAAAUCAGGCCGGCGUACAAUCAGAUCCAGGUUGACCUGACGACGACUUUCACUAUCCUUAUUGGUAUCUUCUUCCCUUCGGUGACAGGUAUCAUGGCCGGUUCGAACAGAUCCGGCGACUUAGCCGACGCACAGAAGUCCAUUCCGAUCGGUACGAUCUGCGCGAUUCUCACCACCUCAACGGUCUAUCUGUCAUGUGUCCUACUGUUCGCCGGUACCGUGGACAAUCUUCUACUGCGUGACAAGUUCGGUCAAAGCAUAGGCGGUCGUCUAGUUGUGGCGAACAUAGCUUGGCCCAAUGAGUGGGUGAUUCUGGUGGGUUCGUUCCUGUCUACUCUCGGGGCCGGGCUGCAGUCGCUCACCGGCGCGCCUAGGCUGCUACAGGCCAUUGCCAAGGACAGCAUCAUACCUUUCCUAGCACCGUUCGCCAAGAGCUCAAGCAGGGGAGAGCCUACUCGGGCCCUCAUUCUCACCAUCCUCAUAUGCCAGUGCGGCAUUCUGCUGGGUAACGUUGACUACCUGGCACCCCUGCUCUCCAUGUUUUUCCUUAUGUGCUAUGGAUUCGUCAAUCUUGCCUGCGCUGUCCAAACGCUGCUGCGUACCCCCAACUGGCGACCGCGAUUCAAGUAUUACCACUGGAGCUUAUCGUUCCUUGGCCUCUCUCUCUGCAUCGCAGUGAUGUUCAUGACGAGCUGGUAUUACGCUCUACUGGCCAUGGGCAUGGCCGGCUGUAUCUAUAAGUACAUCGAAUACCGCGGAGCGGAGAAGGAGUGGGGUGAUGGCAUCCGCGGUCUGGCCCUGUCGGCCGCCCGAUACUCACUGCUGCGCCUUGAAGAAGGUCCGCCUCACACCAAGAACUGGCGGCCGCAGAUUCUUAUCCUAGCCAAGCUUACGGACGACCUAGUGCCCAAGUAUCGUAAAAUGUUUGCCUUCGUCAGCCAACUGAAGGCCAGUAAGGGUUUGACUAUCGCAGUCGGUUGCAUAACAGGCGACUUUACUCGACGUUCUGGCGAUGCUGCAGCCGCUAAGCAAGCUCUCAGGAGAACUAUGGAAGAAGAGAAGGUGAAAGGUUUCGUGGAUGUGUUGGUAGCUCAGAAUGUAAUCGACGGUCUGAGUUCGCUGGUGCAGAUGACGGGUCUUGGUGGAAUGAAACCUAACUGCGUGAUCCUCGGCUGGCCUUAUAGUUGGCGCCAGACAGAGAGCGACCGCACUUGGCGCGUCUUUUUGCAGACAAUGCGCUCCGUAACCGCGGCCAAGAUGGCCCUCAUCGUGCCUAAGGGCAUCAACUUCUUCCCCGACUCGACGGAAAAGGUCAUCGGUGACAUCCAUGUUUGGUGGAUCGUUCACGAUGGUGGUCUUCUAAUGUUGCUGCCCUUCCUUCUCAAGCAGCACCGCACCUGGAAAAACUGCAAGAUGAAGAUCUUUACCGUUGCCCAAAUGGAGGACAAUUCCAUUCAGAUGAAGAAGGACUUGAAGAAGUUCCUCUACGAUCUUAGAAUCGAAGCUGAAGUUGAGGUUGUUGAAAUGAUGAAUUCGGACAUUUCCGCUUACACGUACGAGAGGACACUGAUAAUGGAGCAGAGAAAUCAAAUGUUGCGGGAGAUGCAACUGAGCAAGAAGGAGUCGAUAGGAAUCACGUCAGGCUUCAACGAGGUACCAGCCGAGGAAAAUAUGCCUCCGGUCCAGGCGAUCGUCGAUCACCACCAUCAGAACAUGGAGGUGAAGCAGACGAAAGUCCGCUUCCAGGAGCCCGGAGCCCAGCAACAGAAAGUGGCGAUAAGCGGUACCAGUGACGAGCCAGCUGACUCUAACAAGGCCAACGAGGAAAAGGAAAAAGAGAAAGAAAAGGAGAAGGUAGAGACCGUUAACGAGAAAAUUACGCCUACGGGCUCGCCCAAAUCUGGCAAGAAUGCCACUGAAAAGGGUUCUGCCGGAGAUUGCUUGUCGAACCAGCAAGACGCCAAGGAUGGCGGCGUCGAUGACGAUGACGACGAUGAAGAGGAGGAAGAGGAACCCCGCGGCGCUCCAGAAGAGGAUAACGUGAGGCGAAUGCAUACGGCAAUCAAACUCAACGAAGUGAUCGUCAACAAGAGCCACGAGGCUCAACUGGUCAUACUAAAUCUUCCCGGACCUCCGAAAAAUACUAACAUUGAACGCGAAUCAAACUACAUGGAGUUCUUGGAGGUGCUGACAGAGGGUUUGGAACGAGUGCUGAUAGUACGGGGUGGAGGCCGAGAGGUGAUCACCAUGUACUCGUGAAGAGGAGCAACGAUAAGCACGACAACAUCGGCAAUCUACAUCUGCACCUCACACUCGCCACCAAAACCAAGUUUAAUUCUUACACGUUUAAACGACUAUUUCAUCUCGACCAUUUCUUCAGCUACGACUAUGCUAAUACUUACGCGCAUCCGCAGCCGCUAUUUUGCACCGUUUCUUGCGUUGUCCAAUGCCGCGUAAAGUUGCGCUGUAAUCAAUAAAAUCCAUGACAUCCUAAUAACAUUAUCUGUGUGCAUGGCGCGAGUAUGACGGAGAACUGAUAUAGACGACGAAUCAUGAAGUGCAAAGUUAGCAGCGACGUUUCUUCACGUAAAUCACGCCAAAGUCACGUGCCAAAGGUUCGCUUUAUGCGGAAUUUUAAAAGAAUAAAUAGGUGUGCGAGAGUAAAGCGAAUGAAUGACUGAAAUUAAAAUACAAAAUUUCGAGGAGGUGGUGCGCGAUCUUUCGAGCUAGCGAUUUGGGCUGAUGCCGUAGUUGUUCCUCUAGGAACAACGAACAAUUUGGCUUUAACGGUAACCAAAUUUCGCACUGUAAUGAAAUACAAGCGGCCACAACUCCUAGCUGCAUCUGUGAAUCACGAGUUUGUGCUCCGUUUCAUCUUCAUUUACAAUCCAAUCAUUUUGACACAUGACCAAACUCUGAAAGCAUACAUUUAUGUUUUAAUCAACAUUAGCUAUAGACGAGAGAAGUCAAACGAAAGCAACGACUAUCGCAUUACAAUACUUUCAAAUAAACUGAAAAUUUGCACUCAGCCUGUAUACUGUCGAACCUUUGCAAACGGAAUCGCGAUUUCGAACGAAGACUUUUAAUAAAGUAAAUGGUCUUGAUCAAAAGAGAAUAGAAUAAUUUGCAUAAGGAUCAAUAACUGUUUAGCACUUUCGAAAACAAAGAAAAAACAAAAGAUAUUCAACAAACUGUUGAAAAAUAUCUAAAAAAAAUUGUGUUUUACUGAUGAAACCAACUAAAAAAUCAAAAUUUGGUCCGAGGCUAAGGUCGAAGCAUCUACGAAAACCACUGCCACAAUACUUUCUAAAUGCUUCGCGUUUAACCGACGACGCGAGGAGGUGGUCACUUUUCUACAUGCAUUGUCGUCGUUAUUUAGGGAUGAAUGAUGAUCUUAAUAAAACCUAGAUAAUGUAAUAGUAUUAAUCGCUUGAUAGACUCGUGAACUACUAGAAUAUAGCCUAGUCUUUACAUAGUUAUUGUGAAAAAUCUAUUGACAGUUGCGCUCCGGAUCGCGCACGCGCUUCACAAAUUAUCGUGAUUCGCAAAAAAUAAACGAAAUAAUGAAUGCUAAGAAACGGAAUAAAAUAACGAGACAGUAGGAAAAUGUUUGUUAAAUUUUCUCAACUUGAGAAGGCCUAUGCACGCAUGUUGUUGUUUUAUCUUUUCUCGUGAGCAUUUUAAAUAAAGCACACGCGCAUAAACUUGCUGUGGAUUUCACAACUAAUGAUCACGAACAGCGUUAUACUCAAUGAAAUUAGCAGAAACUGAGAACGAUUAGUGGUCGUCCCCCGGCAUUUCGAGUUCCAGUCAUAAAUUUUUUGCGGUGAUGGCGUACUAUGAAUAAUGACGAUUAAAAGAAGAAAAAAAAAUUAUAGCGUACUCAUGAUAGCGAAGAAAUACAAUUACACCAUUGAAUAAGUGUCGCGUGCAUGUUAUCAUUGCGAAGAGAUAAAAAAUAAACUCUCGAAAAAUCGUCGCUUCAUUCUUUAUUAUAGAUAGGACAUCGUAUUAUGCAUAUGUAAUACGUAUACACACCAUUAUAAUAUAGUCUCUCUUUUGCUGAGAUGCAUAUUAUAUACAUGACGUAAACCAAACUACGUAAGAUGAAUCGCGCGUGAAAUCUUUUUAAAAAAAUAUACUUAAAUAAAACGAAAUAAUGACGAAAAGUCUUGUAGAUCGGAGUUUCAAUGUACUUAUAGUCACAUUAAAUUACACGUACGUAAACUAACGUCCUACUACUUAAUCGGUGUCUGUGAAACAAAGUUUACUUCAUAUUACGAAAUAACAAAAAAAGAAAAAAAACAUAAUAUACCUACUCUAUUAUUAUAUGCGAUAACUAUAUUGAGGUAUCGCACUAGGCAAACGGCCCUUUUUUAUUGCGUUUCUUUUAUGUAGGAUAUAUUCGAUUGUUUGAAAGCCACCGUAUGUACAAUAUUCAACGAUGUGUUCUGCAAAGAUGCGCAAUCUAGGUAGUUUUAAUCAAAUUUAUUUCGUGAAAAGAAUUGACGUCAUACGGAUUCUUAAUGCGUUACUUAAACGAAUGAUGAUCUAAUCAUUGUUGUAUAAAUUCGCGUAUUGUCGUUUCAACGUCAUUUUAAAAUUUUGAUUUUUAUGCGUACUUUAUUUUGACAAAAGUCUUACAGUUAUUUAGAAACUAGAUGAUACAAAACGUUUUAAAGCCGUUAAAAUCAAAGGUAAUGAGACGAAAAUUGAUAAUUAUAACGCCCUUAAUUUUAACCGUAUUUUUAAGUCGAUUUUAUUUUGUUUGUUUAUGCAUUACAUAGCGAAAAUAGCACGUAGAGCAUAGGACAUAUGAUGUUUUUUUAUUGUUUUAAAGUUCCCAAAGUUCUGUGUUAGAGUAAAAUGGAUAAAAAAAUGAAUAUACUCGGCCAAAGAAAAAGACCAGCUCGAGGAACGCAUGGCUCAUGCGUUGAGAAAAAUGAGUGAAUCAUUCAAGCAAUACCAAACUUAAGUAACAAAAAUAAUAUUACGUCAUCCGCCAUAUUCACAUAAGAAAGUAUUUGAUAUCCACGUACGAGCUGGCACGUAGGAGUUCAAGAAUCGUAUUAAUUAUUAACGUGCAAACGAGAGGAUAAGAAAAAAAACAUAAUGCGACGUAAAUUUGCAUUACGCUCUGUCGUCCACAUAAUAUACAUGACGUUGCGAUUCGUAUAUUUUAUAAUUUUAAUAUGUUAUAAUUGCUUAAAGACGAUGUAUGAUAUAUUUUAUGUGUAUCUUACUUAGGUACUGGUGGAUUGCAUAUAGUUUAUAUACGAUGGAAAAAAAAUGUUGACUAUUAAAUUAAAUAAAAAGUUGAAAGAUUUAAUUGAUUAAGAAUUUAGACAAGGAAAGGCGGGAAUCAAAACACGAGUACGGGAUUUAAAAAUAAAACGUUUCAGAGAAUGUUAAGGAACGGCGUCAAGGAUUUAAGAAAAAGGUAUAGAUUGAAAAUGGAUGAUAAUGAAAGUUUUCGCAAAGUGAAUUAUAAAAAACGUGUUUUGACUAUGUUGCUAUGAUUGAAAAAAUGUUGUACAUAAAACCCUAGAUAGGUAAAAACGGCUAAAACUAUAUCUUCAAAAGAAAAAAACUACGUAAGGAAAAAAUGACGAUACGCAAAAGAAGCGUAAAACACACCUUUUUCAUGGUUCAAACAGUAUUGCAGUUAUUCUGCUCCGCUUUCAGGUUUUACUAUAAUCGUAUUUUUUUUCAAUGCACAAUGAACUCACACAGCCGCGCGCGUACGACGCGAUCUACCAAGCACAAAUCUUUCAAAAUAAAUAUCAGAAAUAUCCAGGAAAAAUUAAUGAUUUUGCGGUUCGGUAUUUCUGAAAGACGUUUUAAAGUAUUUGGCCUUCGUAGGUUUCGCGCCAACGCGUUAACGCAAAGUGUAACAAGAAAUAAAACAAAUGAUAAAAUAAUUAAUUAAAAGAAAUGAAGUAUAAAAUAUAAAAAGUACAGUAUAUAUGAAAAGAGAAAACAUUAGUGAAAAAAACGUGAAAAAUUAAGAGAUAACAUGUAUGCCUGCAGGUUCGGCAUAUUAUAUUCGUUGAAGCGUAGUACUGCGUCGGCGACAUGUUACUUUUUUCGUUAUAAACGAAAAAAUGUGCAUUCGUAUCUAAAUCACCUCUAGGCUGUGAGACGCGAGCUAAGCAGCGAUAAACUUGCUCGAAACCUCAAUCAUAUGUGUCAAAUCAAGUAAUUUUACCUUUUAAAACAGUGAAGUACCUAUCGUUAUUUCCAUUUAACAUAAAUAGUCUAAUUACCUAAAAACCUUUUUCCGGAAAAACAGUUGACCUCCUUACGAAUGUAAAAGAGGAGCUAAAAAAUAUAAAUGAAAAAAAAAAACUAAAAGCAUGAGAUAAAAU